GCAAAUAAUUUGACUUUUUAGUUCACUCGUUCUGACAUAGGUUCACUCAUUGUGUUUCCUGCCCAUCUCUUGCGGACAUUUGAGUCUUUGACUCUACAGCCUACACUAAGCUAUUUGAUGACAUGAACUGAAUUGGACUCCCGGAAGUGCAGUGGAUCAAGGUCCAUUCCACUGCCCAGGGCUGAUGCCGAGUUCUGUGGGUGACUUCACGAUGCCCCAAUGGUUCCCAGCCUCCUUCUGUAGUCUGUAGGUGGCCAUGUUGGCCACCUUGUGGCUGCUUAGCCUUUCUCUCCCCACUUCGUGGGCCCAGAUAUUAGUCAGCUGUGCCUACAAGAGUCUCUGCCAGCAGGCCCUACUCUCAGGCAAUGAUGUUGUCCUGCAGUGUGACCAUCUCAAGGCACGCUGGUACUUCUCUUCCAUUCUGGGGGAGGAUGUCUUGUUGCUCUCCUCAGUGCCUAACAUAAAGAAACUGCCUGGGGGCAGCCUCCAAUUGACCAACCCUCAGCCCUCCCAGACAGGCCUCUAUCACUGUGAGGACAAUGACAGUGCCCUCGUGGUAGAGUAUGAGAUUGAUUUCCAAGAUGUCACUACCCUACAUAUUACGCACAAAGGCCUGGGCCAAAAGCCCCUGCAGAAUGAGACCCUGAGUCUGGGUGGCAAGGAGCUCAUCUUCACCCACUGGGAUCCCUGGCAGGACUGUAACUGCUGUGGGGAGCCAGGUGAGCACAAACGCCUGGGGUACUGCUACAUCGAGGAGCCCCUGGAAAAACCCAUGCCCUGUUGGCUCUAUCUGCAAGAAGAGAAGGUGCAGUACAGACGCAUGUGGCCUGAGAUGCAGGUGGAAGCCUGCCUUAUACCCUGCGACCACAUCAAGUAA